AGCUUUCUCUUGAUUGAAGCGUGACAUAAAAUGCUACAGCAGCCUGGCUUUUCAAAAUGGUUAGCAAUAAGCAUUGCAGUUUCAGUUGCCUUCAUAGAUUGCUUGGCCCAGAAUGAUGAUGACUGCAAGUUGGCCAGGGCAGGACCUCCAGCAACAAUAGUUCCAAUUGAUGAAGAAAGUCGGAAUGGCACAAUCUUGGUAGACAGCAUGUUGAUCAAAGGAACAGCAGGAGGACCUGAUCCCACUAUUGAACUUACAUUAAAGGAUAACACAGACUACUGGGUCAUUUUAGAUCCUAUCAACCAGAGACUUUAUCUUAAUAGCACUGGACGAGUUCUGGACAGAGAUCCACCAGUGUCCAUUCAGUCUAUAGUAGUCCAAGUCCAAUGCAUUAAUCGAAAAGUAGGAACUAUUAUCAACCAUGAAGUUCGGAUCGUGGUGAGGGAUAGAAAUGAUAACUCUCCCCAGUUCCAGCAAGAACAGUACUAUGUCACAGUGAAUGAGUUAACACCAGUUGGAACUACAAUUUUCACCGGAUUCUCUGGAAACAGAGGCGCCACAGAUAUAGAUGAUGGACCCAAUGGCCAGAUAGAGUAUGUCAUCCAGUACAAUCCCAGCGAUCCAACAUCAAAUAGGACUUUUGACAUCCCUCUGACAUUGUCUGGAGCAAUAGUUUUGCGUGAGAGAUUAAAUUAUGAAGAAAAGUCACGUUAUUUUGUCAUUGUCCAAGCAAAUGAUCGAGCUCAAAACCUUGUGGAACGAAGAACAAGCACAACCACACUCACUGUUGAUGUCCUUGAUGGGGAUGACCUUGGACCAAUGUUCCUUCCAUGUAUAUUAGUAUUUAACACUCGUGACUGCCGGCCACUCACUUAUCAAGCUAGUUUGCCAGAACUCACUGACCCUGCACGGGUAAACCCAAUCAAUGUUACACCACCAAUACAAGCUAUAGAUCAGGAUCGCAACAUCCAGCCUGCUUCUGAUCGCCCAGGAAUACUCUAUUCCAUCUUAGUUGGGACUCCGGAGGAUUAUUCCCAAUAUUUCAGUAUGAAUGCUACCACUGCUAAACUCAGCCUUCUAAAGCCGAUAAACAGGGACUUUCAUCAGAAAUUUGAUUUGGUUAUUAAGGCUGAACAAGACAAUGGCCAUCCUCUUCCAGCCUUUGCUAAUCUGCAUAUUGAAGUUUUAGAUGAAAACAACCAGAAACCUUUCUUCACCAAAUCAACAUAUGAAGGCUUUAUUUCAGAAUCUUCUCCUGUCGGUACAACUAUUUCUGAUAAUCAGAACCUGACAUCUCCACUGCAGAUCAUAGCUUUAGAUAAUGAUGUUGAAGAGACAAAGGACCCACUGCUCCAUCUGUUUCUAAAUGACUACAAUACAUUUUUCACUGUGACUCAGACUGGAAUAGCCCGCUACCUCACCUUACUUCAGCCAGUUGACAGAGAAUUUCAGCAGUUAUACACAUUUUCGAUUACAGCUUCCGAUGGGGUACAAGAAAGUUUGCCAGUCACGGUCAAUAUUUUUGUGCUUGAUGCAAAUGAUAAUUCUCCGACCUUCUCAAACAUAUCAUAUAAUGUGAAGAUCUACACAGACAUGAGACCAGGAGAAAGUGUUAUCAAGCUUACUGCCAUGGAUGCUGAUGAAGGUCCAAAUGGACAGAUUAAAUAUGAAAUCUUGGCUGGUGACCAGGGAGACUUCAUAAUUAAUGAUAAAACAGGCCUUAUCACCAUUGCACCAGGAAUUACACUGGUAGUAGGUCGGUCCUACGCCCUCACUGUCAAAGCAUCUGACAGGGCUCCACUGGCACAGAAAAGGAGUUCCAUCACUACUGUUUACAUUGAGGUACUUCCUCCUAACAAUCAAAGUCCACCUCGCUUCCCUCAACAGAUGUACAGUCUUGAACUCAGUGAGGCCAUGCGAAUUGGUGCCAUUUUGCUAAAUUUGCAGGCAACUGAUCGAGAAGGUGACCCUAUAAAAUACCUCAUACAAAAUGGAGACCCCCAACAUGUAUUUAAUCUUUCUGAAACAUCCGGGCUGCUAGCCUUAGGAAAGCCUUUAGAUCGAGAAAGCACCGAUCGCUACAUUUUGAUUGUUACAGCCUCAGAUGGCCGACCAGAUGGGACCUCAACUGCUACCGUGAAUGUGGUUGUAACAGAUGUAAAUGAUAAUGGGCCAGUCUUUGAUCCCUUUCUUCCAAAAAUUUUUACUGUACAAGAAGAAGAAACCAAUGCAUUUGUGGGUCAAGUGAGGGCUACUGACCCAGACGCUGGAAUAAAUGGCCAAGUCCAUUAUAGUUUAGCAAACUUUAAUAAUGUUUUUCGCAUAACAUCCAAUGGUAGUAUUUACACUUCGGUGAAAUUAAACAGAGAGAAAAAAGAUUAUUAUGAACUCAUUGCGGAAGCCACAGAUGGAGCCGUGGAUGCACGUCGUACAACAUUAACUCUGGGAAUCAGAGUCCUGGAUAUUGAUGACAACAGUCCUGUGUUCACAAAUGCCUCCUAUACUGUUUCAAUUCCCGAAAGCCUGGCCCCAGGCACAGUAUUCCUUCGUUUAGAGGCUAAGGACGUUGACCUUGGUUCCAAUAUUACCUAUGGAAUACGAAGUCAGGAAUCACUCCAGUUUUUUGCACUGAACAAAUUUACAGGAGAACUGUCGCUUAAAAAGUCCUUGGAUUUCGAGUCCUUUUCUGGCACAGAAGCAACAUUCACUUUUUUAGUGGAAGCCUUCGAUGUCGGAGGAGCUAUGCCUCCAGGCCUUGCUACUGUGACUGUAAGAAUAAAGGAUAUGAAUGAUUACUCCCCAGUAUUUAGCAAAACUCUGUACAGGGCCAUGGUUGCUCCCGAUGCGAUCAAGGGCACCGUUAUCACGAUGGUGGAAGCUGGAGAUUUGGACCCACCGGGUACACCAGCAAGUCACGUACGAUAUAAAGUAGAUGUUGUCCAAUUCCCAUAUAGUGCAAGUAUCUUUGAUGUUGAAGAAGAAUCUGGACGUGUAAUAACCAGAGUGAAUCUUAAUGAAGAACCUAGUACAUUGUUUAAGCUUGUGGUCAUUGCCUAUGAUGAUGGGGAUCCGGUGAAGUUUAAUACAACCACUGUAGAAAUUUCCGUGUUGCAACCCUCAGUAAUUCCACGGUUUACCCAGGAUGAGUACAGGAUGUCUGGAAAGAGAUGCAAUACUGCAAAGAUAUUCAUUGAGGUUCAGGAUGAAAAUGAUCAUGCCCCUAUUUUCACAAAAAAAAAUUAUAUAGGAGGUGUCUCUGAAGAUGCUAGAAUGUUUUCUUCCGUGAUCAAAGUGAAGGCCCAUGAUAAAGAUACCGGCAACUAUAGUGCCAUGCAGUACAGACUCAUCAUCCCUCCAAUCAAGGAUGGCAAGGAAGGCUUUGUGAUUGAACCAUAUACAGGACUGAUCAAAACAGCAAUGCUCUUCAAAAACAUGCGACGAUCUUAUUUCAAGUUUCAGGCCAUCGCAACGGACAAUUAUGGAAAAGGGUUGAGCAACAAAUCAGAUGUACUUGUCUCAGUAGUCAACCAGCUGGAUAUGCAAGUCAUUGUGUCAAAUGUUCCUCCUACUCUUGUAGAACAAAGCAAAGAUCAACUUAUAGGGAUUUUGGAACGCUAUGUUCAAGACCAGAUUCCUGGUGCCAAAGUGGUGGUGGAAUCCAUUGGUGCUCGCAGAUAUGGUGAUGGAUAUUCAGAAGAAGAUUAUUCCAAAUCUGACCUCAUGAUCUAUGCAAUCGAUCCUCAGACAAACCGUGCUAUAAUGAGGAAUGAACUUUUCAAAUUUCUGGAUGGCAAGCUUCUGGAUAUCAAUAAAGAAUUUCAACCAUACCUUGGGCAAGGAGGACGUAUUUUGGAAAUACGAACACCAGAUGUGGUGGCCAAUGUCAAAAAACAGGCACAAGCUGUGGGCUACACCGAGGGAGCUUUGUUGGCUCUGGCUGUCAUCAUUAUCCUUUGCUGCAUGCCUGCUAUUUUAAUAGUUAUGGUCAGCUACAAACAGAGACAAGCUGAAUGUGCAAAGACAGCUCGCAUCCAGAUGGCCCUACCAGCUGGCAAAUCAGCAAGCAUCCCUGCCAAUAAUCUCUACGAAGAACUGGGUGACAGCACCAUACGUGGAUAUGCACAACAAGAGCAACAGCAAUUGCUGAGACCUUCUCUUCUCAGACCUGAGGAACUUUCCAUGGAAUCAGGUAUCGAUCCUGGCCAAGAGUAUUACGGGCAAGAUUAUUACAGUUAUGAACAUGGGUACGAAUUGCCUCAAUAUGGAAGUCGUCGGCGCCUGCUGUCUCCUUCUGGAAUGUAUGAUGAAUACGGAGAAGUGGUUGUGGAGAGUGAUGGUGGAUAUUAUUAUAGUCCACAGGGGACCUCUACAGAAGCAGAGGGAACAAGUCAAGUCAGAAGAGCUGUAAUCAAGAAACCAGGUUCUCGAUUAGCUCUUCGUAGUGUAGGUAAAGAGAAGACUGUAAGAGAAAGACCAAUCCAGAAAAGAAGGAAACUAAGAGCAGUGAUGCAGCUGGGCCGAAUAGCGGUCAUUGGUCACAGGCCAGCAACAGCUGAAGCAGCACCAUCUCCAUGGAAAAAAGCCAAGAUCUUUCCAAUGAUGCUACAAAAAGGAGGACGUAAAGAUUCAGAUUAUGUCAAGCUGAUGGGAGCACCGCAAGCAAAUGGAGAUGACAGUAAGGGAAGCCAUUUCCAGAAAUCAGCAGGUGAAGGACCAUCUUCAAAGAAGCUUGGCCAUAAAUUUAAACAUGCUAGUAAUUUGAAGAAAGGUCUGGACCAUGGUACCCCUGAGGAAGUAAGUGAAUCUGAAUCUAAGUCGGGAAUCUCAAUUAGUGUCACAGCAGAAAGUGAAUCUGAAGUUAGUGAUUUUGGAAAAAAGAAAAAAAUAACAUCAUCUACUAAGUCAUCUUCCUCCUCCGUAUCAUCAUCCUCAACAUCAUCAGAAAGUAGUUCUUCAGCAUCUCCAUCAGAUAAAGAUUAUUUGAAAGUUACAUUAGACCAAGAUGAAGCUACUGAAAGCACAGUAGACUCUGAUGAAGAACAUUCAGAUUCAUCUGGCUCCACCUCAAGCAGUGAUUCAGAAGAUGGAACAAUCAAUUCCCAGAGCAAAGUUUCUGAAGUUGUAGAAGACGAUACAGAAUCAAACAUCUCAUCCUUGAUGCAAAGUUCCAUCAGCAGUGAAGUUACUCCAAGGUCAAGGAAGGACAAGACUUCUGGGUCCAGUUUCAAAAAGCAUUCUUCAGCUGGAAGUGAGUUAGAUGAUGAGAUAGCUGAAAUAUCUGAAGAGACAGAAGAAUCACCCUCCGCUUGGGCCAAAAAGAAAAGGAUCAAGUUGGUUCUCGAUCCUGAAUAUGAAAGCAGCUCCACUGGAGAAGACAGUGCUCCAGAAAGUCAGAGGAACCGUCUCAGCAACCCCAAUAUUCCAGCCAAUGGCAGCAGUAAUAUCUACAUAGCCCAAAAUGGGUCAGUGAUCAGAACCCGUCGAAGUUGCCUUUCGAACAAUUUGAAGGUCAGCUCUCCUGCCAGACUGGGAAAACAAUUCAAGAAGCUCGAUAAGUUAGGAGUAACACACGAGGAAAACAUCCCACUGAACACAUUUCCCACAGGAGCAACAUCUAACGAUAAAUUGAACCCCAGACCCUGUAGUGUUUCCUUUGCUGCCUCUGCUUUAGACACUGACAACAUAGCAACCAAAGCAGCGGGGAGCAGGUUGAAAAGCACAGACCAACAAGAGUCCAUCGUUGAUAAUGAAGGCAUCAAAGAGACUUUGGACUUGCCAAGCGAUCACGCACAGUCAGAAGAUGAGGAACUCUGGAUGGGCCCUUGGAACAACCUUCACAUACCAAUGACAAAACUGUGACCUCUCUUUUUCAUUUUAAUUUUUA